AAGGCACAAUUAGUGCAGUACAGCACCCGAGAAGACUUGACUUGUCGAAAAAUUUCAACGGCAAAAGCAUGCUAGUAUACUACUGUGCUUCAACUAGCGGCAUAGAACAACAGGAAAAACAGACAUAGAAAUGAGGCUAGAGAUCUUUAGAUGCUUGUGCGUGCAGCUAGCCAUACCUUUACUGUUGCUCACACAAACCAGCUCCACUGAAACCUCGGCCCAUGCCAACGACACGGGCUGUUGCAUUGCGAGCGAGAGAUCUGCCCUUGUCCGCUUCAAAGCGGGCCUGUCGGACCCUGAGAACCGCCUUUCGACAUGGCGGGGCGACGACUGCUGCCGAUGGAAGGGUGUCCAUUGCAGCAGGAGAACCGGCCAUGUCCUCAAGCUCGAUGUGCAAGGUUCUUAUGACGGCGUGCUAGGCGGCAACAUAAGCUCGUCGUUGGUUGGCCUAGAACGUCUACAGUAUCUCGACCUCGGCGGCAACUCGUUCAGCGGCUUUCAGAUAACAGAGUUUCUUCCUUCUCUCCACAACUUGAGGUAUCUAAGCCUGUCGAGCUCUGGCUUUGUUGGAAGGGUACCGCCACAGCUGGGUAAUCUCUCCAACUUGCGUUACUUGAGUUUUGGUAAUAAUCCUGACACAUACUCCACGGAUAUCACGUGGUUGUCGCGGUUAUCGUCCCUUGAGUACCUGGACAUGAGCUCCGUGGACCUCAGUAACAUUCCCAACUGGUUGCCCGCGGUGAAUAUGCUUGCAUCCCUGAAAGUUCUUAUUCUUACUAGCUGCCAGCUUAACAACAGUCCUGAUUCUCUUCUGCGUUCAAACCUGACAUCUCUUGAAUAUCUCGACAUUUCCUUCAACCCUGUCCCAAAGCGUAUAGCACCCAACUGGUUUUGGGAUUCGACGAACCUCAAGCACCUUGAUGUCUCAUGGAGUCAAUUUAGUGGUCCAAUUCCUGACGAUCUUGGGAAUAUGACCUCCAUGGUAGAGCUUUAUUUGUCACAUAAUAACCUUGUGGGCAUGAUACCAUCAAACCUGAAAAAUCUUUGCAACUUGGAAACAUUGUACAUACAUGAUGGCGGCAUCAAUGGGAGCAUAACAGAAUUUUUUCAACGCUUGCCUUCUUGUUCAUGGAAAAGAAUUUCAGCCUUGGAUCUAUCCAACAACAGUUUGACAGGAAGCCUACCAACCAAGCUACAAGAAUCCUUGACCAAUGUGACCUCUCUGUUGUUUAGUGGAAACAAACUCACAGGUCCUCUGCCGCCAUGGAUAGGGGAGCUCGCAAAGCUAACUGCAUUGGACCUCACGGACAACAACUUGGAUGGUGUUAUACAUGAAGGUCACUUGUCAGGCCUAGCACGCAUGGAGAAGUUGUUGCUGUCUGGUAAUUCCAUAGCCAUCAGAGUGAAUUCGACUUGGCUUCCUCCAUUUAAUUUAACAAUGAUUGGGCUCAGGUCGUGCCUUCUCGGCCCUAAAUUUCCGCUGUGGAUGAGAUGGCAAACACCAAUAUACCUCGACAUCUCAAACACGAGCAUAUCCGGCAUAGUUCCGGAUUGGUUUUGGAUAAUGGUUUCCUCGCUGGACUCGGUAACGAUGCAACAAAACAAACUUACUGGUUUUCUACCAUCUACGAUGGAAUAUAUGAGGGCAAACGCAAUGGAACUCAGUUCAAACCAAUUCAGUGGUCCAAUGCCGAAGCUUCCUGCUAAUCUAACCUACCUGGAUCUUAGUAGAAACAAGUUAUCCGGGCUACUAUUAGAAUUUGGAGCGCCGCAACUUGAAGUACUUCUUCUGUUUGACAACUUGAUCACUGGCACCAUUCCACCAUCUUUGUGCAACUUGCCAUCGCUGAAACUAUUAGACAUAUCAGGAAAUAGGCUCACCGGGUCAACUCCUGAUUGCCUAGUCAAUGGAUCUACAACAAAGACAAGAAGUUUGAGUAUUAGUAAUCUGAACUUAAGAAACAACAACCUCUUUGGUGGUUUUCCUUUAUUCCUCCAAAACUGUCAGCAGCUGAUAUUUCUUGAUCUCGCGCACAAUCAAUUCUUCGGGACUUUGCCAUCAUGGAUCAGGGAGAAGCUGCCGUCUUUGGCAUUCUUACGGUUGAGAUCUAAUAAGUUUCAUGGUCACAUUCCCGUGGAGCUUACAAAGCUAGCUAAUCUUCAAUAUUUGGACCUUUCAAACAACAAUCUGUCGGGAGGCAUACCAAAAUCUAUUGUUAACUUCAGAAGAAUGAUACUGUGGAAAGAUGAUGAAUUGGAUGCCGUGCUCAAUUUUGAAGAUAUUGUUUUCCGUUCUAACAUUGACUACAGCGAGAAUUUAUCUAUAGUCACAAAAGGCCAAGAAAGAUUAUAUACAGGAGAAAUCAUAUACAUGGUAAAUCUCGAUUUGUCCUGUAACAGUAUUGCAGGAGAGAUUCCUGAAGAGAUUGGUGCUCUCGUGGCACUGAAGAGCCUGAACCUGUCAUGGAAUGCUUUCAGUGCAAAUAUUCCUGAGAAGAUAGGCACGUUGGUGCAAGUGGAGUCUCUUGACCUAUCACAUAAUGAAUUGUCUGGCAGAAUCCCUACAAGCUUAUCGGCUCUCACACAACUGAGUCACUUGAACCUGUCCUACAACAAUCUAACUGGUGAGAUACCAUCUGGAAAUCAGUUACAAGCACUUGGUGACCAGGAAUCUAUCUAUGUUGGCAAUCCAGGUCUUUGCGGCCCUGCUAUCUCCAAAAAAUGUCAAGGAAACGAGUCAAUUCCAGCUACUCCAGAACAUCAUGGAGAUGCUAGAGAUACAGUUUCCUUUUUCCUCGCCAUGGGUUCUGGAUAUGUAAUGGGCCUCUGGGCAGUCUUCUGCACCUUCUUGUUCAAAAGGAAAUGGAGAGUUUGCUGGUUCUCAUUCUAUGACAGCUUGUGCAAUUGGGUUUAUGUGCAAGUGGCUAUUAGCUGGGCUUCAUGGACAAAAAAAUGGGCAGAAACUGAUUUCAACAGCGCACGUCAUUAAGUCUGCUACCAUGCCGUGGGGAUUUCACCAUGUACAAAUCUUAUUCCUGUAUAACGAACUUGGUGUUUCCGUGAAGAAAUAGUGGAAAGCAGAGUAUAGGCCCGGUUUGAAAAGAAAUAUAUUCAUGUAUUGUAAUGGUACUAUUGAUAGGCAUGUACUCAAGGCGUAUGUACACUUGUACACGGUCCGGUGAUAUUUUUGUUAUCUUUAUUAUGUGUAAGUUACUAAGUUUAUGCAUGGUUAA